UGUCGACCACAUUCCCCACCUCCACUUUUCCUUCACCAUUUCCCGGACAAGCGAUGCGCCACCCACCAACUCAGCCACUCAAACAUCACCAUUCAAUGUCUGCACUCGUUGACUUGCUGUCUCACCCUCGCUUAGUCUACACCUAACAUCCAGUCGGGUAGGACAUAAAAAGGCGCUCUCUGCAGUCUAAUCCCCCCGCUCUUCUUCAGCCCCUCACACCUUUCGCCACCACCAAUUCCUCUCCCGCCCUCCUAAAUCCGCUCCUCCGGCCUAGCAAAACGACCUCAGAGAAACCACAAUGACGGCGCCUUCAGCUGCCUCUGCAAGCGCUGUAGCGUUAUCGUUCUCACCCCUGAAUGCGACGACGCCCAUCUUCUCCCUUCCCGAUGAGAUUUUGCUCGAUAUCUUUGAAAUGGCAGGCGCAGAGGACGCGUGCGCCCUUCUGUGUCUGAGCCGAACUGCGAAACGGUUCAAUGAUCUUCUCCAAGCUAGCAUCACCCCGUGGCGCGCGGCUUAUCUUGCGCGCUACAACUACCCAAAGCCCUUACCAUACCCACCCACACCCUGGUGGUGCGUAGAGCUCAAGGAGCGCAUGUUCACCGAGCGGACCAUGCGAGACUCCAACCCCGAUGUGACUUUCACCGGGGCACUGUGUGACGUUCUCAUGGGUCUAAUGCGCGACGUGUCAGUGCGAGCGGUAGAUGAGGUGGUUAUGAGGGAAGCAGAGGUGGGAGAUGUGCAGGUUGCCAUCGCCAACAUUCUGCAUCCUCCGUACAACCCGCGCCUCUCCAAUGGCGAUCGGUGUUUUGAGGCACUCCUCCACUCCCCCGCCUUCUUGCAUCUGUACCGGCACUGCGCCGCACAGCCACUUUGCAACAGGUACAAUAACCGUCCCGUGAGCAACGGCCGGACAUGGCGCCCCCACCCACGCUCUGUGGUCUUCAACCAAGCCCUCUGCCGCCUCCACCUCCUGCGCGUGGAUGCGAAGGCGGACCGCGGCUGGCUCCGCGUCAUGGUAUACUGUCGCCAGUGGAUGUGGCCCGAGACGCCGUUCCGGAGGGAUGGCACUGUCGCGUGGUCGCAGGUCGACGCGAUCGGCACGCUGAUGUACCUCAACAUACUUGAUCUCGUGAAAAACGGACAGAACGAGUGGCGGUCUGCCUUGCGCCCCCUCGCGGGGAUCCACCAGAUCCGCGGCGUGGCGUCUCCUAACCCGGUGGACUGGGCGGGCGUUGCGGGCGUAUGGCACGGCGCAUACGCAUUCAUGCACUAUCCAGACUGGGUCACGCUGAACGAACCCGACAUGUCCGGCCUCACACCGGCCCAUCUGCGAUACUAUGAGGAGAACGUGGGCGACAUGGUCGAGAUGGUGACGCAAGUUGUGUCGUCCGAGGCGGAUAUCCAAGCUCACGCACCGGCCGGCAUGACACCGCGCUCCCUCGCCACCGCGCUGCCGAGUAGCGACCGCCUCCCGCCAAUCUACUUUGUGGGAUGCGCCGGCGGCGGCGUCACCGCCGAGAUGGACGCGUUCAUGUACGGCGUGGUGCGCCUCACGCCGGACGACUGUGUACGCUGGAGCUUCGUCAUCCACUACGAGGGCCACGACCAGUGGCUCAUGAACGGGGUGCAGAUUGGCGGCGUGGGGAGCGCCAGGGGGUGGUGCGGGUUCUGGGAGGAGGAGCAGGGGAUCGCACACGGACCGGUGUGGUACUGGAAGGCAUAG